AGUCUGCCUAGAGCUAAGAAUAUACUGUAUCUGAUUUCAGACCUGAAGAAGGCUGGUCCACAAGGUCCGCUUCGUUUCGGUAAGCGACGCGGUCCAUCGGGUCCAUUACGUUUCGGCAAACGCUCCACAUUCGACUAUCCAACGGUUUUUGAUCAACAACCCUACUACUACUUUGUGUAG